AUGAAAUUAGAGUUUAUUAAAUACAAAUCAAUAUAUUUAAAAUCAUGUGCAAAACUUAUUAAAGAAACUUGGACAAUUGAUGAUGAAUUAAUAAAUCCUUCACAAUCACGUCAUUUAUAUUAUUAUUAUAUACGAAAUUGUGUUGAUAAUUCAAUUUAUACACAAUUAAUUAUUGAUAAAGAAACCGAAAAUGUUUUAGGUAUUUUAUUUGGUAGUAAUCAAAAUCAAACAACAUAUAAAUCAUCUAUAAAAAAUUUUCGAAAUUUCUUAAUUUUAUUUAAACAUAUUAUUUUCGGACAUCUUGGAAAACGUUUUAUUGCAUUAAAAUAUAUGAAAGAUACAUUAGAUUUAGAUAAAUGUAUUGAAAAAUAUUGUGAAAAUUUUGAUAGUGAAUUAAAUUUAUUUGUAUUAAGUAAAGAAUUACAAGGACAAGGUUAUGGAAAACAAUUAAUGAAUAAUUUUAUUGAAUUUUGUAAAAUUCAAGGAAAAAUUCAUAAUAUAUUUUUAUGGACUGAUAUUAGUUGUAAUUAUGGAUUUUAUGAACAUUAUGGAUUUAGAUUAUAUAAACAAUUUUAUGAUGAUCGUCUUACGGAUCAUGAUGAUAAACGAACUGAUAAACCAAAUGGAUUUAUAUUUUGUAAAGAAUCGAUUUAA